UUAUUUUAUUUAUUCUAUUGUAAAUGAAAAUCUUGAGGAAAAUGUUGUCUGUGGCUGGGACUUUUGCGCCGCCAUUUCUUGCAAGGGGAUACACUAAAAGAGGCGGAUUUUGUUGCAGAGCUGACUCUGCACAAGCUCAGGAUGACGGCGGCAGCAACAACAGGAAGAAAAAGGUAGUCGUUGUUGGCUCCGGCUGGGCUGGCCUCGGUGCUGCUCAUCACCUUUGCAAUCAGGGGUUUGAUGUUACUGUUCUUGAUGGCGGGAAUGGUCUUGGCAGUCCGGACAAUGUUGGUAUCCAAGGUUUUUGGUAUCCUUAUCGAAAUAUAUUUAGCCUAGUUGAUGAGCUUGGUAUCAAGCCUUUCACAAACUGGACAAGAUCAGCGCAGUAUUCAGAAGCUGGAUUGGAGGUUGAGUUUCCAGUAUUCCAGGACCUCCCUCAAUGGCCAACUCCAUUCGGAACAUUUUUCUAUACUCAAUUUGCUCGGAUCCCUUUAGUGGACAGGUUGACUGCACUUCCAUUAAUAUCUGCAGGCAAGUUAAGCAAUGCAUUUUCUUUUGACAUUAUUGACUUUGACAACACUGAUGUUGCCUGGAGAAAAUACGAUUCAAUUACUGCAAGGGAGCUUCUUAAACAGUUUGGCUGUUCAGAAAGGCUUUAUCAUGAUAUUUUUGGUCCACUGCUUCAAGUGGGUCUGUUUGCCCCAGCAGAGCAAUGCAGUGCAGCUGCAACCCUUGCACUGCUAUACUAUUUCAUCCUUGCUCACCAGAAACAUUUUGAUAUGGCAUAUUGUGGUGGGACCACUAGAGAAAAGAUUUUUCAGCCAUGGAUGGACUCCAUGAAGGCUAAAGGCUGUGAAUUCUUGGAUGGUGGAAUUGUGACUGAUUUCAUCUUGAAUGAUGAAACAGGUUGCAUAACAGAAGUAGUUUGUGACAAAGACACCUAUAGUGCUGAUGCAGUUAUCUUGGGUAUUGGCGUCUUCAGACUUCAGGAAAUUAUCAAGAAGAGUGCAGCACUGUGUGCAAGAGAAGAGUUCCUGAAAGUUCUGAACUUGGCUGGCAUAGAUGUUGUAACUGUCAAGCUGCAAAUGGAUAGGAAGGUCGUCAUCCCAAAUGCAAGCAAUGCUUGCUCUGGAUUUGAUGAUCUAUGCGGGUGGACAUUCUUUGACUUGAAUGCAAUUCAUGAUGAGCAUCAAGAUAAUCCAGCAACCAUAGUAGAAGCUGAUUUUUAUCAUUCCAGUGAGUUGUUGUUGUUGAACGAUGAGGCUAUAGUUGAAAAGGUGAUGUUAUAUCUUUCAAAGUGCAUAAAGGACUUCGAGAGUGCUAAUGUUGUGGACAAAGAAAUCAGAAGGUUUCCGAAAUCCUUGACCCACUUUUUUCCAGGUUCAUACAAGUACAUGAUGCGCGUGUCUACAUCAUUCCCAAAUCUUUUUAUGGCUGGAGACUGGAUUGUUAACAGGCAUGGUUCAUGGUCACAGGAGAAAUCUUAUGUCACAGGGCUCGAAGCUGCAAACCGAGUGGUAGAUUAUCUUGAAGAAGGAAGCUUUGCUAAAAUAAUUCCAGUUGAAGAAGAUGAACCUCACAUUGAAACACUCAGAAGCCUCAACCGAAGCCUUAAUGAGAUUAGAACCCAACUUCCAUUUUCAAAUUUUUUCCUCCAAUAAAUUCAUCAUCAAAUUAUUUGCUACAAUCAUAUCCAAAUAUUAUGUAGUGGAAACAAAAGAAUAUGGUACUA